UACUAGAGUUUCUAUUAUGAUAGCUGCCAGCACAUUUUAGAAAACAAAUAUUAUUAUUGCAUUGCAGCUAGAACAUCCAUGGGUUUAGUUGUUAAACUAAAUGUUGCUUAAAGGUAUAGGGGCAGAACCCUCAACUAUGAAGCUCUCGGAUUUGAGACAAGUUGUCAGCUCAGUGCUCGUGGAACAGCUAGAUUUAAACGGGGGGCUAAACGUUGACCCUUGAAAUUAAAACAGUUGUUAUCUAGCUACAUUUCGUCUUAUUCUGAAAUCCCCGGUUGUGACCCACGGUCUGUUUGGGUCCCAAACGCCACUCGGUUUGCCUCGUGAAGAAAAGCAGUUGCCGGAGCCUUUUGACUUCACUGUGCUCCAUCAGCGGCCAUAUGUAUUGAACCUCAUUCAUUCGACUAGAGACGCGCCGUGGACGGCGAACAGCGGGCUGUACGGUCUUUUUUCUGGACGCUAAUCGGUGUCUGCCUCGGUGACGUCCAGCGGGGUUGUGACAGCGCGCUACGAUGAUCGAGCGACCGGAGACGGCUGUUCCGGGCAUCGCCCAGCGGAACCUGGAGGGCUAUGUGGGCUUCGCCAAUCUCCCCAACCAGGUGUAUCGGAAGUCGGUCAAAAGAGGGUUUGAGUUUACGUUGAUGGUUGUAGGUGAAUCUGGACUGGGGAAGUCGACUCUCAUCAACUCUCUGUUCCUGACUGACCUGUACUCCAAGGACUACCCCGGGCCCUCCCAGCGCAUCAAGAAGACCGUGCAGGUGGAGCAGUCCAAAGUGCUGGUAAAGGAGGGAGGAGUCCAGCUGACGCUCACCAUCGUCGAUACUCCGGGGUUUGGAGAUGCGGUGGACAACAGCAACUGUUGGCAGCCAGUGAUAAACUACAUUGACAGCAAGUGCGAGGACUUCCUGAACGCCGAGUCGAGAGUGAACCGCAGGUCCAUGCCGGACAACCGAGUCCACUGCUGCCUGUACUUCAUCGCGCCCUCUGGACACGGGCUGAAGCCGCUGGACAUCGAGUUCAUGAAGAGACUCCAUGACAAGGUCAACAUCAUCCCUCUAAUUGCAAAAGCCGACACUCUGACCCCAGAGGAGUGCCAGCUGUUUAAAAAACAGAUAAUGAAAGAGAUACAGGACCACAAAAUUAAAAUUUAUGAAUUCCCAGACACGGAGGACGACGAGGACAACAAGCUAAUCCGAAGGAUUAAGGAGAAGAUGCCACUGGCAGUCGUCGGCAGCAACGUGGUGAUCGAGGUCAAUGGCAAGAAGGUCAGAGGUCGCCAGUACCCGUGGGGCGUGGCGGAAGUGGAGAACGGGGAGCACUGUGACUUCACGGUGCUGCGCAACAUGCUAAUCAGGACCCAUAUGCAGGAUCUCAAGGACGUCACCAACAAUGUCCACUAUGAGAAUUACCGCAGUAAGAAGCUGGCGGCCGUCACCUGUAACGGAGUGGACUCCUCCAAGUCCAAGGGACAGCUCACCAAGAGUCCCCUGGCCCAAAUGGAGGAGGAGCGCAGGGAGCAUGUGAUGAAAAUGAAGAAGAUGGAGGCAGAAAUGGAGCAGGUCUUUGAUAUGAAAGUCAAGGAGAAGAAGCAGAAACUGAAGGACUCGGAGGCCGAGCUGGAGCGGCGCCACGAGCAGAUGAAGAGGAACCUGGAGGCGCAGUACAAAGAACUGGAGGAGAAGAGACGAGUGUAUGAGGACGAGAAGGCCAACUGGGAGGCUCAGCAGAGAAUCCUGGAGCAGCAGAAACUGGACGCCUCCAAGACGAUGGAGAAGAACAAGAAGAAAGGGAAAAUCUUUUGAAGAAGCGCGACCGGUUCCUCCAGUUUUACACAAACUCAAUAUUUUUCUUCAUCCCCCUCUGAAGUUUACAUGUACUGUGCCCCUUCCGAAACAUAAGAUAAAAUGGAACACUCGCA